UAAUAGGUCAUUAAACUCAUGGCUGUGAAAUGCAUUACUAGCUAUGUGUUUCAAUCAUUGCAGCAAAUAACACAAUUAAGCAAGUACUUCAUCACAGGAAUACAAAGAAACAUGAGAUCAAUAUGCUUUACUUUCUUGUUAUUGCUGAGUUUCAGAUCAUUCAUCACAAAGGCCGAAGAAGAAGCAAACCUGGGAAGUAACUGUGUAAACACUACCCAGCAGACUCUAAGCAGUGCAUACCAAACCAACCUUGAUAGAAUCCUAACCUGGAUGCCCUUGGAUGCAGCCACAAGCCAUGGUUAUAACCACACCACCAUAGGCACCAAUAGCUCUGUGUAUGGCCUCUAUGAUUGUGGCGGUGACGCGGUUGGAUACUUUUGUCAAUUUUGUGUUUCCACUGCUGCAAACGAAGCCCCUCAGCUCUGCCCCAACAGGGUAUCUGCUGUGGUGUGGAAUGAUUACUGCGUUAUAAGGUACUCAAAUGAGGACUUCUUUGGGAAAGCUAUGACAUCCCAAACAUGGCAUAGUUUUGGAAAAAGAAACAUAUCCAAUGUAACAGAGAUUCAGAAAGGUGAGAAUUUUGUGACAAGUUUGAUCAGAAAAGCAACUAAUGAAACCAACCAGUUGUACUAUAAGGAAGGCUUCAAUUUGAGUGCCACUGAGAGUAGGUAUAGCGUGGUGCAAUGCACUAGAGAUCUCACAAAUGAAGCGUGCAGACAGUGUUUGGAGGACAUACUGGCUGAAGUUCCCAAAUGUUGUGAACAGAAAGUAACAUGGACGGUUUGGUCUGGAAGUUGUUUGAUAAGGUAUGAUGAUCAUAUGUUCUACCUUCUUCCCAACGAACCACCUUCAGCUCCCGAGCCCAAUGCACAAGUUGUCACAGAUAAACUAGGGGGUAAUAACAGAUCAAAAAUAUUGAUCAUUACCUUCAGCGUGGUAGGGCCAAUAAUUAUUUCAUGUUUCGGCCUAUACUGCUUCUGCCAUAGGAAAAGACUGAGAAAAGGGCUUCCUCUACCUUCAUCACAUAAAAUUCAAUCAGAGGAAAUGUGGAACCCAGACCUGCCUAGAAUCCCAUUAAUAACAAUUCUACAGAGUACUGAUAACUUUUCAGAAGCAUCUAAACUAGGAGAAGGUGGAUUUGGCCCCGUGUACAAGGGAACUCUUCCUGAUGGAAAGCAAAUUGCAGUCAAAAGACUCUCCCAAUUUUCUUGUCAAGGCUCGGAGGAGUUCAACAAUGAAGUAAUGUUUAUAGCUAAAUUGAGGCAUCGCAACCUUGUAAGACUUUUAGCAUGUUGCUCGGAGGAAAAUGAAAAGAUACUUGUAUAUGAGUAUUUGCCAAAUAAAAGUCUCGACUUUCACCUAUUUGAUGUUGAGAAAAGAAAAAAAUUCGAUUGGAAAGUAAGAUCAAGCCUUAUCAGUGGAAUAGCAAAAGGUAUUUUAUACCUUCAUGAGGACUCUCAACUCAGAGUAAUUCAUAGAGAUCUCAAAGCAAGCAACGUUCUAUUAGACCAUGACAUGAAUCCCAAAAUAUCAGAUUUUGGAUUGGCAAGGGCAUUUGAAGUAGGACAGAACCAGGCAAAUACAAAACGAGUAAUGGGAACUUAUGGAUACAUGGCUCCUGAAUAUGCUAUGGAGGGACUAUUUUCAGUGAAAUCUGAUGUUUUCAGCUUUGGAGUUCUUGUUCUAGAAAUCAUUUCUGGGAGAAAGAAUGGUGGAUUCUACCUGUCAGAUGGUCAAAAUCUUCUUGUAUAUGCUUUGAGAACAUGGUAUGAAGGAAAAUGUUUGGAAUUGAUGGAUUCAAUGCUGGAAAAAUCCUUCAUAGGAAGUGAAGUAGAAAGGAGCAUACAGAUUGGUUUGUUGUGUGUUCAAGAAGAUGCAAGAGAUAGACCAACCAUGUCGGAUGUUGUGGUAAUGCUAGCAAGUGACACAGUAGCCAUUCCAAAACCCAGGCACCCAGCAUUUUCAGUUGGAAGAACGGCCACAGAGGAAGUCCCUACAUCAAGAAAUUCCAAGAAACUUUCCAUUAGUGAUAUAACAACCUCUAUUACUUUACCAAGAUAA